UGACGUCAUGCGGUCAAAAUGGCGGGCUGUUGCGAAGGACGCGAGUGAUUGCUGGAGUAAAAGAUCAAGAAAUWAUGCGUCUUAUCCACUUAGGUUGGAGAUAAAUAGCUAUUGAAGUAUGGCAUAGCUUAUCAGAGUGACUGUGCAUUGUUUUGAAGUAAAUUCAAGAGUAUUUUUAAGAACAAGACAAGUCACCAUGGAGGCAGAUCACAGCGUUGAGAUGCUAGAYAAGCUGGAGAGAAUGGGUAAUCUUGAGUCAGUAGUUGCUGAGCAGAGGAUGAGAAUUGAAAAGCUUAAAACCACAUAUGAGACUCUUAAAGUGGAGCAUAUACAGCUACAAGAUGCAUGUCAGAGGAAAGACAAUGAUAUUGUUGGUGCAAGAGAGGAGGCUAAGAAGAUACAAGCUGAAUUCCAAGAAAUGGUCAAGAAACUCAGAGGAGAAAGAGAUGCAAAAAUCCAGGAAUGUGAAGAACUCAAAACUCAGGUGGUCACUCCUAAUAAACUAGAAAUGAUUAGAAUUAAAUUACUGGAAGAGAUUGAAGGUCCUUAUCGUGAGAGAUUACAACUCAUGGAGACAGAGGUUAACASCUACAGAAGUGAUUUUAACAAGCUUAGAUAUGAUUAUUCUUUCCUGAAGUCAGAAUAUGAACAUGAACAGACRCAGCACAAGCAAAUUGUAGAAGAAAUCCAUUCUCAGUAUGAACUUGAAAUCACAUCGUUGAGAAAAGAGAGAGAYAUGUUACUUCAAAAACAGCAGCAGGAUGGUCCAACUGAUGCCACUAGAGCCAGGUCACUGCAGAGAGAAAAUACACAGCUGCAUAUGAAGCUGAAAAAUCUGCUGUCAGAGCUUGAAGAAAUAAGAUCGCAAAGAGAAAAUGCUGGAUUACAGUCAGACCAUGUUACCAGACUCCAAGCAAGACARUUAUCAGAGCUAACAUCUGCAUGCAAAGGGCUUGAAACAGAGAGAGAUUCUUUGAAACUACAGUGCAAAACUUUGCAAAACGAACUGGAAAAGAGAAAUGAACUGCAGGACCAGCUGACAUCUGAAAUUCACCAACUAGAAAAAGAACACAUGUCCACUAAAAAUAAAUUAGAAGAAAUGUCUCAUAAAAAUAAAGUAGAAAUCAGUAAUCUAAGAAUGAGUUUGACAAAAAAUAGAGGAGAUUUAGAAAGGGAAAGAGAUGAACUUAAAGCAGAAAUUGACUCUUGYAAAAACAAAAUACAAGUACUAGAACGAACCAUUGAUCAUCUGAACACCUCCCUUGAAGAAAAGGAGCAAGAGGUCAGCAAGAGGGUGCAAGACGUUAAAGAAAAAGAAUGGGAAAAAUUGACUUUAUUGGAACAGAACAAUAACCAGACAUGUACCAUUACUUUCCUUUCUUACAACAGGUCCAAGAAAGAGUUAGAUACAGCUCAUCAAAGUCAAAUUGAGGCAAUGGAGGACAAACUACGCUCACUCUCUGACUCCAAGAAUCAACUUGAAAAGGAGUGUGACCUGCUGAAGGCUCAGCUUAAUGAGAAUGCAAGUAUUGCUAAUGAUUUAGAAAAGCUGCCGCCAAACAAAACUCCGAACUUAACCGAAUUGCUUUCACAACUCCGCCACCGUAAAAACCUGCUAAACAUUCAUCAGAAAUCUAAGGUAGUGUGUGUAGAUAAAGCUGAAAUGCAGUUUUGUUUGUUUAGACUUCAAGCAAGUGAAGAAAGAACUCUCCUUGAGAAACAAAUGAAAGAAAUUGAAAAGAAACAUAAAGAGAUAGAAGAAAAAUUGAGAAAAGAAACCAAAUUAUUCGAUAAGAAACGGAAGAAAUACAAGCAAGAAAAGAUAGAAUUACAAGACAAAAUUCAAUUACUCGAGAAAAAAGAAGAACAACUAAUACUAGAACGAGAAUCUGAGAAAAGAAAACGAGAACUGGAGGAAGAAAAGAGCAGACGUCAAAUGGAAAAACUAGCAAAGAAACACAAUCGAUUUAGAAACGUACUCAACAGCAGUCAGCUCGGAGGAGGAGGAUUGAUAACUAGUUCACCAGUCCCUUUUAACAUCACAACGGAACAGGAUCGACAACAAAGAGAUAUUGCAUCUGUCCGUGAUCGACUGGAGGAACUGGAAUCUACACAACGAGAAAUGAGUGACUUGCUCCAYGAGAACAUAACGUAACUAUGGGCUUCCUGUGAUCGUGUGACUUGUGACCGUCCCUUUUCCACAGGAAACCCAUUGCUUGAAGUUCCCGUAAGGAUAUUCCACAGCAAGCCCGUCUAUUAUAGACAAUGGACACCAUAAAUAUGAUACAUGCAAUUAUUAUGAAUUACAAUUAUCGGACGUGAGAGACUGGUGAAUGAUAGAGUUAAGGUUAUCGACGUCAUUGUCAUUCGUCAGUAAUGACGUCAUAGAGUACGUCACUGGUAUUGAUGCAAGGGAGAUCCCGUGGAUCAUGAAGGGGGCUUUCCUAAUCUAGUGUUUMUACAUUUUUCUCUUUUUAACCUCUUCAAGUUUCAAUAUUUAUACAAUUCAUCGGUUACAAAGUAACGUCUUCAAUCUUGUAGCUUCAGAAGCUCAUCUCUUUUCUUACGAACCUUCUUGUAGUAUAAUGCAAAUAAUGAUUUUUAUCAUCAAAUUUUUUAUAUGAAUAUUAGUGUGAUAUUGUAAGAAUAGGUUGCAGUAAAGGAGCAGUUAUUAUACCGUAUUUGAUGCAAUUAUAUUUCACUAAUGAGUGUUUAACGCAUAUAGUGUGUCUUUAUAGAUUUUAUAUUUAUAAAUAUGUAUUAAAGUUAAUUGAUAAAAAUGGUUGUAGAUCU